AUGAAAGAGGCAUGUCACUUAUGUUUAAUGUUUGCUGUAAAAUUGAAAUUAUGUGUAACAAUCGCGUGCUAUGUAACUACUAAAUCGGCACGAGUUAAAAAUAAUGGAAGACAUGGCGUCCAUAAAGCGUUGAACAUUUUAUCUGGUCCGAGUGCAUGGGGAGGAAAUAAAGAUAAUAAAUGGGAAAAAUUGUUGAAAAUUUUGAAAACUUGUAUUAAAAGUGAUACAACCGUAAUCAGUACGUUAUAUGAACAAAUUCAACAAUAUUUUAAUGAUCUUGAAGGAAAUAAGACGCAAGAUAACCCUGCCAGCUCAUGGUCAAACACACUUAAUUAUUUACAAAAACCGGCUACCAAAGAAAUGUUUACCAAUAAUGUAGUAGCAUAUUUUCAAGGUUUAAAACAAGUUAUACAAAAAGAUUUGCAAUCAAAUAUGCAACAACAAAGUUCUUCAGCUGGGGAUCAAAAAGUUCAUGCGCGUUUGAUCAAACAAAUUCAAAAGCAACUGAAACAAAUUCUCAAACAAAAUUGUGGUGCUUAUUUCACUAAUGAUGACAAUUCGGAGGAAGAUGGUCUUCAAACAUUAUCAACUCAAAGCGGAUAUAGUAGACCAAUCGAGACAACACAAGCCUCUACAGUUAACAAAUAA